AAGCAGUUUCUGCUUCUGACAAUGAUAAUAAUAGUUUAAGAAAGUUGAUGACCUCCUCCUGUUCUCUGUGUGUCUCUGGUUCAUUAUCUUUGCAUUUCCUUUCUGGGCUCUUCAAUAGUUAGUUCCUUGAAGUGGAAUUGAUUGAGGAAGUGGAAGUUUUCGGGGGUUGAGCUUAAUCAACCUGGUCAGUAGUCGCCGCCUCCAAUCUCCACUCUCGCCCUCCAGCCUUCUCGCCUCUUGGUUUCUCCUUCGCUCUACAGAGUACAGUCCGCUGUCCGCCGUCCGCCGCGAAACAGAGGCCGCCAGCGCCUUGCCCUUGGCCACCGUGAACCAGACACCGGAGCUCCUCCACAGACUUCGACGAGGGCUCCUCCUCCGGUCACUUCCAAAUUCAAGACCGGAAAAAUUGGGUGCACUGGAAUGGAACAAGAUAGUGAAUGAUCAUCAAGGAUGGAGGCUUUUCACUUGCAUAUGGUUGCAUGCAGGGGUUGUCCAUUUGCUUGCUAACAUGUUGACUGUUGAGCUUGACUUUUAUUGGAAUUCGCCUUGAGCAGCAAUUUGGAUUUGGUAUGACUUCCUUUUCUCUUUCAUGUUAGAAUAUUUUCAAUCUUUAAAGGAUCUUGUAAGAUUGGGAAAAUGAAUCUUCAACCAUUAUGUCACUGAAACUCGUGCUCUACAUUUCAUUUUUUGCUUGAUUUAUGAGCAUAUUUCUUGAGGAUUGCUGGAAUUUAGGAGUCUUGUUGAGAAUUGGACUUCCUAAACCGAACUAAAUAUCGAGCCAAACCAAUUCCGAAUUUUUUCAAACCAAACCGAGCUAUAAUAUUAAACCGGAUGGUUUCAUUUUUUUUUUUUUAACCGAACAAACCUAAACCGAAAAAACCGAACCGAAUAUCGAAAUGCCCACCCCUGGUCGGGAUCACCAGUGGAGGGGAGAUCAACGGACAAGGGCUGAAGUUUGUGCAGAGGGUCGAUGAGUGGAAGAACGUGCAGAGUUUCACUAUGGCGCAUCAAAAAAUAUUCGGUCUGCACAUUAUACAUAUAUUUCCUGGCAGAGCUGAACAGAUUCACCCAAUUUAGGGAACCUAAAGGGAUGCUCAAGAAAUCUACUUCUUUUUAUGGUACCAAACAUUUUCUUUCUUCCAUCCUGAAGAUCCCAUGGAUUUACCUCCAAAAACAAACCUUGCAUUCUUCCCCUCCAAAUGUUUCGAUUCUUGAAGCUCUAUGCUCCGAUGGUGACUUAACAGAAGCUUUGAUUGAGAUGGGCAAACAAGGAGUGAAGAUGGGUUUCAAGGACUAUAACAGUCUGCUAAACGAAUGUAUAAAACAGAGGGCGAUAAGGGAAGGGCAAAGGCUGCAUGCCCACAUGAUCAAGACGCUUUACCACCCUGCUGUCUUUCUCAGGACUAGGCUGAUUGUUUUCUAUGUAAAAUGUGAGCUUUUGGGGGAUGCUAGAUGGGUGUUUGAUGAAAUGCCUGAGAGGAAUGUGGUGGCUUGGACUGCGAUGAUUUCUGCCUAUGCUCAGAGAGGGAAUUUCUUUGAAGCUCUCGAUCUUUUCGUUCAGAUGUUGAGAUCAGGAAUGGAACCAAACGAGUUCACUUUUGCCACGGUGCUCACAUCUUGUAUGGGUACAUUUGGUCUCCAAUUCGGAAGGCAAAUCCACAGUCUCUUGAUCAAGACUCCCUUUGCGUCUCAUAUGUAUGUUGGAAGUUCACUUCUUGAUAUGUAUGCCAAAGCUGGUAGGGUACACGAAGCUCGACUUGUGUUUUCAGGUCUGCCAGAAAGGGAUGUUGUUUCCUGCACUGCCAUGAUUUCGGGCUUUUCUCAACAGGGGCUUUACGAGGAUGCUAUCGACAUAUUCUGUAAGUUGCAGGGAGAAGGAAUGCCAUCUAACUAUGUCACUUAUACAAGCCUGUUGAAUGCAAUAUCUGGACUUGCUGCAAUUGAACAUGGCAGACAAGUUCAUGGCCAUGUUAUCAGAUCAGAACUACCUUUUUAUGUGGUCCUUCAGAAUUCUCUUAUUGACAUGUACUCCAAGUGUGGAAACCUCAUUUAUGCUAGAAGGAUAUUUGACAGCAUGUCUGAAAGAACUGUCAGCACGUGGAACACCAUGCUCGUUGGUUACAGCAAACACGGGAUGGGAAGAGAGGCAGUUGAUCUGUUCAGAAAGAUGAGAGAAGAAGAUGAAACUAGCCCGGACAGCAUCACGUUUUUAGCUGUGUUAUCGGGCUGCAGCCAUGGAGGAAUGGAGGAGACAGGCCUGGACAUCUUCAAUGAGUUGGUUGCAGGAGAGAACAAGGUUGAUCUUGGGAUGGAGCACUAUGGUUGUGUUGUUGAUUUGCUUGGCAGAUCCGGCCAAGUAGAGAGGGCUUAUCAGUUUAUUCAACAGAUGCCUUUUGAACCGAGCACCUCCAUUUUGGGCUCAGUUUUAGGUGCCUGCAGUUUUCACCUGAAUGUCGACAUUGGUGAACUCGUAGGCAAUCGCCUCCUGGAAAUCGAGCCAGGAUGCGCGGGGAAUUAUGUCAUCCUUUCUAACAUAUAUGCAUCUGCAGGAAGGUGGGGAGAUGCAAGAAGAGUAAGGAAGUUGAUGGAAGAGAAGUUAGUGGUGAAGGAGCCAGGAAUGAGCUGUGUUUAACUGAACUAAACCCUGCAUAGCAUUUUAUCCUAGUAAAAUGUCAACUAGGAUAAGCAGAAGAAGAGGAGGGAAAAAAUGCUGCUUUAGCCUGUGGGACAUUGGGAGAGUUUAUCGGGGUCUGAUUGAGAUUCAACUGAAUUAGUCUCAUUCUGCAGAACACAGAUAUUACAGUACGUUUAGUUCAUGGAACAAGGCAGAACUGAAAUACCUUCUCGAGACUAAGCUGUGAUUGCUUUUGCACCAAUAAAAAGAUUUCAGGUGCUGGAUGAGAUCAUUAACCAUGUCUAAUACCUACAGCGCCAAGUGGAGUCCUUAUCAAUGAGAACUCGCAGUUGUUAACCCAAGAAUCGAUUUUAACGUUGAUACUCUCUUUGCUGCUGAAACUGGUUCCCCAAUAGAAAAGUAACUUUCUGGGCAUGAUCAUGCCAUCGAUGUGGCCUGAGUAACAAGCCAACGGAAACAGGCAACCUUAUCAAGAGCUAUGGCAUUUCGAUGGACUUCAUCGACCUGUGUGGAGUAGGGAAGACGGGAACUCACUAUUAACUUACGACUCAACAAAUCCAGGAAUGGAGCCAAAUGAGUUCACUUUUGCAACAGUGCCACGUCUUGUAUGGCUACGUUUGGUAUCCAAUUCGAAAGGCAAAUCCAUAGUCUCGUGUUCAAGACGCCCUUUACGUUCCAUAUGUAUGUUGAAAGCUUACUUCUUGAUAUGUAUGCCAAGGCUGGUAGGGUACACGAAACUCGACUUGUGUUUGUAGGUCUGCCAGAAAGGGAUGUUGUUUCCUGCACUGCCAUGAUUUCGGGCUUUUCUCAAUAGGGGCUUUACGAGGAUGCUAUCAACAUAUUCUGUAAGUUGCAUGGAGAAGGAAUGCCAUCUAACUAUGCCACUUAAUUAUAUAAGCUUUUUGAAUGCAAUAUCUGGACUUGCUGCAAUUGAACAUGACAGACAAGUUAUCAGAUCAUAAUUACCCUUUUAUGUUGUUCUUCAGAAUUCUCUGAUUGAAUGUAGGAUAUAUAAUAAGCUACUGUUCUCUAUUCCCAGAUCAAGUAGCAUUCAUUCUGUGAUGUGAUGAACUCACCUCAAUGGAGGUCCAUAAUGAUACAAGAUAUGGCAAAUUCAAUUUCUAUCCAUAAAAACUACAACUGGCUGUAUAUGACAAUCAUGAAAUCCCACAGAGGUCUUGGUCUUCAGAUACGGAGUCAUUACCUAGAAUGUGUACAUUUUGAGGAGACAAGACAAUUUUAUGUAUUUUUAAACCUAGACUUAUUUUAGUAAAGUACUCAUAGGAUUAUUAUGAA